AUAUAUACAUUUCUUUUUUUUUUGAGUAAUUUUAAGAAAUCCUUGUAUAAGAAGCAGAAUUUGAAGGUAACUUCAGAUAUAGGAACAUAUAAAUUAUUAGCAAAUUUUAAACAAGAUCAGAAUUUAUAUAUAGUAGGAUUAUAAGAAGAUAUACUAUACAAUAGAAUGAAUAAAAAAAGAGAUAAUUAUAGUAAUAAAAAACAGACCAAGAUUAGUAGAAGUUUAUUAAAUAAGGUUCAAUAUUAUACAGAAGUUAUAGUUUAUGAUAAUGAAAUAGUUGAUGGAAAACAUUUCCAUUUUAAAGAACAAUUGGUAGAUGAUUUUCUAGAAAAAAAUAGGAAUAUUAGAUAUGUUACUUUAAAAAAAAUAAAACUUAGAAGUUAUGGAUUUGAAGUUUUUAUAUUUUUUCUUUAUUUUUUUUUAUAUAUAUUAUAUGGAUUGGAAAUUUUUUUUAUUAUAACUAAUUCACUGUUAACAUAUUGUUUAGAAAACUUAAAAGAAAAAAUAAUAUUUAUAAAGAGUUUAUAAGUACAGCGUUAUUUUCUAAUAUUUUUUAAGUUAAUUUUCAUUAUAUUGACUCUGAUACUUAUAAUAGCUAUUCCGAAUAUCUUUAGAAAUAAUUAAAAAUACUAAAAAAUUAAACUGAUGACUUCUUAA